AUGGCAGAUUAUGCAAACCUUUCGAGGGACAUUUUGCAAACAAUAAUAAAAUAUCUCUCAUUCCCAGACUAUAUUCGAUUUGGCGCUGUGUGUUCACAUUGGUUUGAUGUGUCAAAUGAGGGAUAUCACUCCCCUCAAAAACAACUUCCUUGGUUGGUUUGUUUUGAUAUUGAUUUUCCAAAGUUUUUCAACCCAUCAGAAGAGAAGGUUUAUCAAAUAGAAAUACCUGAGUUACACACUCAUGGGAGGUAUUGUGCUGGUUCUUCACAUGGCUGGUUAAUUACAAUAGAUCUAGAUCUCAAUAUAAAUUUGAUGAAUCCUUUUUCUAAAGCUCAGAUUGACUUACCUCUUCUGCCGUUUGAUACUUUUGGUGUUCGAUACCAAAAGCUUUGUGAACUCUCUUGGUUGAAUUACCCAAAACAAAAGCGUGAUAAACUUAUAUAUAAAGCAGUGUUAUCAGCCGAUCCUUCCAAGAGUUCCGACUAUAUAGUAAUGGUUAUUUACUUUGCUAAUUCUAAAUUAGCAUUUUGGAGGCCCGGUGACAUAACGUGGAUAGUGAUAAAUAGCCAUUCUUUUGUUGAAGAUGUCUCUCAAGACUUCAGUGACUUGAAGUAG